GCCGCCGCCCACUGCCACAGCGCUCCGCGCCCGAGCGCCCACGGCGCCACCCACCGCCGGUGCCACGCCGCAGGCAAGCUUCCGGUGAUGCCGAGUACGACCGGCGAGGCGGCGACUUUGCCUUUCCUCGCUGCCCCAGCUAGAAUUUUGGGCGAGCUCCGCCACUGAUUUGGAGGUUUGCUUCUGCUUCUCCUGACAACAACAACACCCUCCGACCACUGGCUACUCUUCUUUGUCGCCGUUUCUCAGAAGUGCGCUCUCGCUAAGAGACGAGGUAUGGUCUUUGAAAACAAAGGCCGACUCGUUCAACAUUUGGAUGGAGCUUUGAACAUGGACAGAGCACGCACGAUUCAGGAAUGCCACAUCGGCACUUUCUUGGAUCUUGUGUUCUUUCUCCGUGCCCUAGAUGAGUCGACAGGUUUCUUGAAAACAUGACUAGCUACUCCUCGUUUCUUUUGUAUAUUAUUCUAAGACGCGUACGUAUUUUAAGAUUCAACCGUCAUAAUCUGUGACCGAGAAUUAGUUGAGAAAUUCAUAAAUUGUAACAUGUAAAAAUUGGUGCAAUAUUGCACUCAUAAAUUACGUGAUGAUGGAUAAAAAAUACAAUUGAAGUGAUAUUGUCAUAUUUAGGAGAUCGUGGUAGCUCAAAUUCUACUUUACAUUUUGAAAAUGAGGGUCUCAUUAGUCUGUCAAGAACAUACAAUUAUACAAAGUUGCCAACACAUUGCAUCGUUAAUUCUGCUGACGAACUUACUUAGCACAUAAAUAGGAUCCUUAGCCUAUACAUGAUAACAACCUCAUAAUGGUGGGUAAAUCUUAUGAGUAGCAGCCAUCAGAGCUCUGAGCCGUAGAGGAAGUAGACGUUCUUAUCGGCGUAGAUGUUGCAGUAGUAUAGCGAUGUCCCUCCGGAAACCAACGGCACUGCCCUAAGCGAGAACUUGCAUUGGCCUUCCACACCCCUUGAGUACCCUUAGCGAUCAGACAUGGAUUUGUAGCUAACCUUUAGAGUUUUUGUAACCUUAAGAAUGGCUAACCACAUCGCAGUGUGGGGUUGGGGGGCUGGUCUUUGUUUGUAAAUAAUUUAAUAGAUCUGCUGAUGGCAAUCUAUUAAUUUUCUUCAUUAAGUUUACUAACCAAGUUUAGAUGGUUUCAAUGUUUUUCUUAUUAUUUUUAUUUGCCUUAAUAGUGAAGAUCGUAUUAUUCCUAACAGAAAAAUAUUUCAACAUGCAUUUGAUUAGCCGUUUAGAUGGAAUAUGCAUGCAUCCAUGAUGGAUGAUCUAUCACUAGCGUAGACUUGUAGCUACAUAACCUACAUAAUGCACGUGCGAUGAAAACGCCCCCUGUUCUAUUUUCCCAGCAUGUUCACAGAGCAGAGCUACUCAAACUCACUUUGCCCAUCGUAGCUACCUCACGACCGAGACCGAUGGAGCUCUAUAAAUUUGCCCCCUAGCUCCAUCCUCUCUUCUCAUCACACCAUUCACCAGUUCGUCCAUCACAAUUCACAACCAACUCCAAGCCAUCUUACCAGCCAGCAGCCCCUGCAUUUUAAUCGUGAGCACACAAGAGACAAGACGGCAGCACCUGUGCAGGCUGCCAUGGCGACCCACCAGCAGGUUCUUGAGCCGCCGCCGCCUGCAGUGGCCACCUCGGUGUUCCAGCCAGGGAAGCUCUCCGUUGAGUUGAUCCCCGUGGAUCACGACGCGCUCCCGGCGCCGCCGAUCCCGAUCCUGAUCGCCGCCCCCAAGGACGCCGGAACCUACCCCGUCGCCGUGCUCCUGCACGGCUUCUUCCUCCAGAACCGCUUCUACGAGCAGCUCCUCCGGCACGUCGCCUCGUUCGGGUUCGUCAUGGUGGCGCCGCAGUUCCGCACCAGCCUCGUGUCCGGCGGCGACGCCGACGACAUCGCCGCCGCGGCAAGGGUCGCCGACUGGCUCCCCGGGGGCCUGCCGCCCGCGCUCCCUGCCGGCGUCGAGGCCGACCUCUCCAGGCUCGCGCUGGCCGGCCACAGCCGCGGCGGCCACACGGCCUUCGCCCUGGCCCUGGGCCACGCCGAGACCGCCCUUAAGUUCUCCGCGCUCAUCGGGAUCGACCCCGUCGCCGGCACCGGCAGGUCCUCCCAGCUCCCGCCGGCGAUCCUCACCUUCAAGCCCUCCUCGCUCGACGUCGCGAUGCCGGUGAUGGUCGUCGGCACCGGGCUGGGCGGGGGCGGGGCGAACGUGCUGUUCCCUCCCUGCGCGCCCGGGGAGGUGAGCCACGCCGAGUUCUACCGCGAGUGCAGGCCGCCGUGCUACCACCUCGUCGCCAGGGACUACGGCCACCUUGACAUGCUCGACGACGACGCCCCCAAGCUCGUCACCGGCCUCUGCAAGCAAGGGAGCAGCGACAAGGACGUGAUGAGGAGGACCGUCGCCGGGAUCAUGGUCGCCUUCCUGAGGUCUGCGCUGGGGGAAGAAGACAGUGAAGAUCUCAAGGCCAUACUCGGAGAUCCUGGGCUCGCACCGACCACCUUGGACCCUGUUGAGUACCGGUUGGCAUGAGCACAAUGAUCGUCGUCGUUACUCAUGAGCAGUCGUCAUGACUUCAUAAUAAGUUACUGAAUUUGUUUGUUUUUUAAUUUGUUCUCCCUGUAUGCAACUCUUUACUUCAUUUUCAUAUAUUUGUAUACAAACAAUUUGUUGUAAUAAUAAAUAAAAUUCGAUCGA